UGCUCUUGCUCCAAUCCCCCCUUUUAUUAAGUAUACCCAGACAAGGCAGGUUUGAUUACUAGACAAUACCGCAAUCAUGGGUUACACCGAGCUUGAUCAAUUGGCCAUCAACACCAUCCGGCUUCUUGCGGUUGAUGCCACCGCAAAGGCGAACUCCGGUCACCCCGGUGCCCCUAUGGGCAUGGCCCCGGUGGCCCACGUUCUCUUCAACAAGUUCAUGAAGUUCAACCCCAAGAACCCCGAAUGGGCUAACCGUGACCGAUUUGUCCUCUCCAACGGCCACGGCUGCAUGCUCCAAUAUGCUCUCCUCCACCUUUUCGGAUACGGCAUCUCCAUGGAUGACCUCAAGGCGUUCCGUCAACUCGACAGCAUUACUCCUGGUCACCCUGAGGCUCACGACACACCCGGUAUUGAGGUGACCACUGGUCCCCUCGGUCAGGGUUUCGCCAACGCUGUUGGUCUGGCUAUUGCCCAGGCUCACAGCGGUGGUGUCUUCAACAAACCCGGAUACAACCUCUUCGACAACUACACAUACUGCUUCUUCGGCGAUGGCUGUGCUAUGGAGGGUGUUGCCAGUGAGGCCGCUUCUACUGCUGGUCACUUGAAGCUCGGAAACCUCAUUGCCAUCUAUGAUGACAACCACAUUUCUAUCGACGGUGACACCAAGUGUGCUUUCACCGAAGACGUCACUAAGCGCUUUGAGGCCUACGGCUGGCACGUCGUUUGGGUUAAGGACGGUGACAACGACCUCGAGGGCAUCGAGGCUGCUAUCAAGGAGGCCCAGGCCGUCAAGGACAAGCCCUCCAUGAUCCGCCUGACUACCACCAUCGGUUUCGGUUCUAAGCUCCAGGGUACCGGCGGUGUCCACGGUAACCCUCUCAAAGCCGACGACAUCGAGGGUGUCAAGAAGCGCUUCGGCUUCGAUCCCGCCCAGAGCUUCGUCGUCCCUCAGCAGGUCUAUGACCUUUACCACAAACACGCCGAAGAGGGUGCUGCCCAGGAGCAGGAAUGGAACCAGCUCCUCCAGAAAUACGCCGGCGAAUACCCCAACGAGCACGCCGACCUUACCCGCCGUCUCUCCGGCAAGCUUCCUGAGGGAUGGGAGAAGUCGCUUCCUGUUUACAAGCCUUCUGACCCCGCUAUUGCCUCCCGCAAGCUGUCUGAGGCUGUCCUUGAGAAGAUCCACUCGGUCAUCCCAGAACUUUUGUCUGGUUCCGCCGAUCUGACUGGCUCCAACAACACCCGCUGGAAGAACGCUGUUGACUUCCAGCCACCCGAGUACGGCAUUGGUGAGUGGUCUGGCCGCUACCUCCGUUACGGUGUCCGUGAGCACGCCAUGGCUGCUAUCAUGAACGGUCUUGCUGCAUACGGUACCGUCAUCCCUGCCGCCGGUACUUUCCUGAACUUCGUUUCCUACGCUGCUGGUGCUGUCCGUCUGUCCGCCCUCUCUCGCGUUCGUGCCAUUCACGUCGCUACCCACGACUCCAUUGGUCUGGGUGAGGACGGCCCUACCCACCAGCCUAUCGAGACUCUCGCUCAUUUCCGUGCUCUUCCCAACUGCAUGGUCUGGCGCCCUGCUGAUGGUAACGAGACCAGUGCUGCUUACUAUUCUGCCCUGACUGCUAAGCACACUCCCUCCAUCCUGGCUCUUACCCGUCAGAACCUGCCCCAGCUUGAGAACUCAAGCAUUGAGGCUGCUCUCAAGGGUGCUUACCCUGUCUUCGAGGCUGCUGACGCCAAGGUUACCAUCAUCUCCACUGGAUCCGAAGUCAGUAUCUGUAUCGACGCUGCCAAGUACCUGCAGGAAAAGCACGGCGUCGUGGCCCGUGUCGUCUCUAUUCCUUGCUUCGAGGUCUUCGAUGCUCAGGACAAGGAGUACAGACUCAAGGUCCUCCCCGACGGCAUCCCCAUUUUGUCUGUCGAGGUCUGCUCCACCAUGGGUUGGGAGCGCUACUCUCACGAGCAGUUCGGUCUGAACCGCUUCGGUGCCUCUGGUCCCUACAAGGAGGUCUACGCCAAGUUCGAGUUCACUCCUGAGGGUAUUAGCAAGCGCGCCCUUGCCACCAUUGACUUCUAUAAGGGUGUUCCCGUUCGGUCGCCCAUCAACCGCGCUUUCCAGCAGAUCCUGUAGACGUCUCGUUCUAGCGUCAUGACUCGCUUGCAUUUUCCUUCGACAUCUUUCCUUGCUAACGAGUAUUACAUGGGUUAUGGGGUGGCCAUACGGAGAGAAACUCCGAAUGCGUGGCACACUUGGUUUAAUGUCCUACGAAUUUCCUUUUGAGAAGAAUAAAAGCCACCAUUGAACUUAUUUCAAGGUCUGGCCAUCUCUGAUAUUUUUAGACAUCUGCGAAAAGAAUACCAUCUAUCUGUUCAUAUUUGCUCUCGGUCUUGAAUACUUCUGGCUGAAAGCUUAUGCGCAUCCAGGAGUGAGUAACUGACGUAGUUUGACCUUUGGGUGUUGGUUUAUAUCCCGUUAUCAGAUCACCUAGUUUGGGUCCUAAAUCCUCAAUCCUCUCAUAAUAUAGGACACGGAGUAUAAAAGUAUAGUGAAAUAGAUAAUCACAGGAGAAAUUCAGUUGAUAUGGUAUUCUU